AUGUCGUCGGCCGCCGUGCAGCAGAGCGGCCCAGCGAUAUCGAACCGAGCAUACCCGCAGUCCCAGUCGCCGCAUGCACAGCAGUACUAUCAACAGCAAUCGCCCGCGGCAGCCUCACCCAGCUCCUCGCGCAAGCCCGCACGCCGUCCCAGCAAUGGCGCGUCGCCCAACACGCCAACCACUCCGCACACUCACCAUUCCCCAGCCGCAUCUGGCAACUCGACCCUGAACACUCCCCGCGCGCAGCCUCUCCCCCCGUCGACGCAGUCAUCCCCAGCGAUGGCCCCUGCUGCCAUCGCGACCACCAGCGCUCCUAUGCCUCCCCCGCGCACGUCUUCGCACCGCAACCAGCCCUCCACCGCUACAGCAGGAAACAACAGCCCGGCGACCCCGCGGGCACCGCAAGAUAGCGCCAAUGCUGCUGCGAACGCAGCCCAGUCCCGCAGAAAAGGAAAGGACAGCCCGCGUCACCAGGGCAGCGCCAGCAGGUCAAAGCACUCUCCCGGACAGCCCUCCCACAGCCGUUCCGCAUCCGCCGUCGGCCAGCCUCCGACGGGCACAAACUUGCCCCGCGAAGAGAGUACCGUGAUCAACAGGAUCGUAGUAGCAGACCCGCAGGAAGAUAUUGCCCGCGAACAGGCGCGGCAGGCAGAAGCAGUGCCCGCAGCAUCCGGGGCGGACAUCACACCGAUAACGGGCCUCGGCCUCGUUGGCAGCGAGGGCGUCGACGAUGGCGGCCGCGGCGGCGCACAGAGACGGCAGGACCACUCCAGGUCAGAAGGCUCCACGAAACGGUCUCGCUUUGGCAACUACAUCCUAGGACAGACACUCGGCGAGGGCGAGUUUGGUAAAGUGAAGAUGGGCUGGAAAAAAGACAGCUCGGUUGAGGUGGCUAUCAAACUCAUAAGAAGGGAGACUCUAGGCGGAAACCAGAACCGCCUGGCGAAGAUCUACCGCGAAAUCCAGAUCCUGCGAGGUCUCGAACACCCCAACAUUGUCAGACUGCACGAGAUGGUCGAGACGGAGCGCCACAUUGGAAUCAUAUUAGAGUAUGCGUCAGGGGGCGAGCUGUUUGACUACAUCCUCAACCACAGAUAUCUGAAGGACGGCGCGGCGCGGAGACUGUUCGCCCAGCUGAUCUCCGGUGUGGGCUAUCUACACAAGAAGGGCAUUGUUCACCGCGACCUCAAAUUGGAGAACCUACUGCUUGAUCGGAACAGGAACAUCAUCAUUACCGAUUUCGGAUUCGCAAACACUUUUAAUCCGACCGACGAGCUGGGAGAGGAGAUUGAGUUCAAUCUGGGCAACAAAGACUUUGUGAAAGCUAUGGGACUAGAGGCUACCGAGGGCACCCGCCGCGGAGAUCUCAUGCAGACUAGCUGCGGCAGCCCGUGUUAUGCUGCUCCUGAGCUUGUUGUCAGCGAUUCACUGUAUACUGGCCGAAAAGUUGACGUGUGGAGCUGCGGCGUCAUUUUGUACGCCAUGCUGGCGGGCUACCUACCGUUCGACGAUGACCCAGCCAAUCCCGAGGGCGACAACAUCAACCUCCUGUACAAGUACAUCGUCUCUACUCCGCUCACCUUCCCUGAAUACGUCACUCCACACGCACGAGACCUGCUGAAGCGCAUACUCGUACCCGACCCCAGGAAACGAGCGGAUCUGUUCGAGGUCGCUCGGCACAGCUGGCUCAGUGACUACGCACAUGUGGUCAGCUUUAUCACUUCUAGUACUACCACCUCUGCCGAUGUCCAGAAGUCUACAGGCUUUAGUCAAGAUGCAUUCGACGUCCCACCCGCUCUUGCUCGAAGCGCCUCCGUUCGUGAGCCAGGAAAGGCGCAUACCGCAGUGUCUCCUGUGCACGGCGGACUCACACAGAAACGCGAGCAGAUCAACCAACAGCAAUCCGAAAAGUCCAAGAAGGACCGCGACAAUAAACGCCGGACCGUUCAGGUCGAAUACGUGGCACCUCAAUCGCAGACAGUCCGCGGCGAGGCAUCACCUCCAACGGCUACUGCCGGGACGUCAAAGUCACGGGUCAAGGAGCCAGGACCGACAGAGGUCCCUCCCACGGAUGGGUACAAUGCCCGACCAGGUCGUCCUACGGCUGUCAAUGCAAUGGCGCCUCCUUCGAGGCCUGGGCGAGAACCGCAGAGGUCCGUUUCCGAUUACACAGCGUUUGGCACGAUCCCUGCUACCUCCACCAACCGUCCUUCGACUGGUGGAACGCUGGGUCCACGAUUGCCGUCCAGGGGAAAUUCUUACAGCCAGCCUUCUACAGCGACCGUUGCUCAGACGAAUGUCGAAGGGCGCUUCUCGCAACCCAAGGGCAAGCAAUAUCAUAUCUCUGCACCGAUGGCUCAAGCUGAGUCUGGUAUGGGCGAGCCGAGCAUCGGGCAACCGAGCACACAGCGCAUGCAGUCCAUUCAAGCCGAGUCGCAGGGUACGAAGGGCCACAGGCGCUCGAACACGGUUAGUGAGACCCUAGGCAGGGUGACGUCGAUGUUCUCGAGCCGUCAACCGUCCUAUUCGCAAGACCCCAAAGAAUCGUCGACCUCCCAAAACUCGACCUACCAGCACGAGAAGAAGGCGCAGAAGUCCUACCCACCCACAUCUAUGCCUGGACCCAUUGCUAAUGAUGACGGUCGGCGACAGAGUAACGAAUCCAGUCGACGGACCUCGUUCGGCUUUUCGAGAAAGACGACAGAUCAGUCUGGCAACUCAGGCAAGUCUUCGAGAAGAUUUUCGCUUUUGCCUUCGUCGCUUUCGAAGACGUUCUCUUCGAGCCAUAGAGAAAGUAUGCCGGCGACUUCGCAUUCGGAUCGCCGGGGCUCGGCGGCUACAAGCCGCCAACGAGCCGGAUCCCGUCCUGGCAUGGCCUUCGGACGCGGAGCGGAAUCCCGGUCUCCUAGUCAGAGCACCACGGGAAGCAACGUUCCGGGCUUUUACGACGGCCAGCACGAGAGUAGCUCGCGAAUACGGCCUGGACCUUCCUCAGCACCGGCGAACCAGACACAGUUCGAUUACGCGCCGCCGAUUGGAGAUGAAAAGUUCCCUGGACCUAAGGAACCGCAUCCAUCGAUGCAGAACCGACCGUAUCGCCAUCACACGAACGACUCAGAAGCCAGCGAGCCCGUCGUGCCUGUUCAAAGUCACCGUGCGCCGCACGAGUCUCAUGAGUCGCAUCGGAAGGGCGUGCUGCAGAAGUCAAGGAAGUUCGCAGACGCAUAUGAAGAAUCCGGCGGGAACAAAGGGUCGAGCGGGAGUUCGAAGAGGGUCAUGGAUUUCUUCAGGAGGAUGGGCAGACAGCGGGGUCGAGAAGAACGGUGA